CCCGUCGGCCUGUUGAUGGCCCAAAACAGAUGUGACACUACUUUUUCCCUCUUUCUCGUACGUGGAACUGCAGUUUUAUCGCUUUUUUCGAAAUGUUUCUGCCGAAAGGACGGACUUGUCGUCUCGUUGACGGACGCCGACGCCAAUUUUCCUUCAACUGAGCAAAUUUUCCAAACAUCUCACGGCAAUUGACUGAGAAAAAUUCGCCACCAUGGGAGGCCAGGUGAUCACCCUGGCGAACAGCAUUAUCGGAGUCAGCAUUUUGGCCAUGCCCUUUUGUUUCAAGCAGUGUGGCAUAAUUUUAUCAGUCCUGCUGCUUUUGUUCAGCAACGUUUUGACGAGGCUUUGUUGUCACUUCCUGGUCAAGUCGGCCUUUCUCGCUCGCAGAAGGAACUACGAGUUUUUAGCAUUCCACACGUUCGGGCCGACGGGCAAGUUGGUCGUCGAACUGAGCAUCAUCGGAUUCCUGUUGGGAACCUGCAUCGCCUUCUUCGUGGUCAUCGGAGAUCUCGGCCCGGACAUUCUGGCCAAAGCUUUCAAUUUGGAAAACUCGCCCAAGUUGAGACCCAGCGUUUUAGUUGUUUUGGCACUUUGCGUUGUUCUUCCUCUUGGUCUCCUCCGCAAUGUGGACAGUUUGAAUUUUGUCUGCACAGCAAGCGUCCUCUUCUACCUCUGUCUGGUUUUAAAGGUCAUAAGUGAAGCCACGCCUCAUCUCUUGGCCUCGGACUGGCUCGAACAUGUCAACCUGUGGCGGCCGGCGGGAAUUCUGCAGUGCGUCCCCAUCUUUUCGAUGGCUCUUGCUUGUCAAACUCAAGUUUUUGAAAUUUACGACACUCUUCCCGACGCCAGUCCAUCUCGAAUGAAUGAAAUUGUUCAAGCUGCGGUCAAUAUGUGCACAGGGGUGUACAUAAGCAUGGGAUUUUUCGGAUAUGUCGCUUUUUGCACCACAAAUUUCACAGGAAAUGUGAUGCUGAGUUUUUCUCCUUCGAUGGUCACUGAUGUGAUGAAGCUCGGUUUUGUUCUUUCCCUGGCGUGCAGUUUUCCGCUGGUCAUUUUCCCCUGCAGGGCCAGUUUGUACUCUCUCCUCUUCAAAAGGGUGUCGUCGUGGCAUCCGGAAGUUGUGAGCGGGCCGACGCACAUUCCCGAGACGCGCUUCAAGUGUCUGACCCUGUUUCUGGUGACGGUGUCCCUGCUGGUGGGGCUCCUGCUGCCCAACAUUGAGCUCGUGCUGGGCCUGGUGGGGUCCACCAUCGGCACCAUCAUUUGCCUGCUGCUGCCGGCGCUCAUGUUCACGAGGAUGGCGCAGAAGUACUCGAGCGAGCGGCUCGUGGCCCAGGUCAUCUUCUUCAUCGCCGCCGGCAUUUUGGUCCUGAGCACGUACGCCAACCUCUACGCCGCCGACAAAGCCACGACCGGAGAGAUGAGCGCGGUCGUCAGUUUUAAACCGCCAGAGUUGAAAAAGGGAAUGCAGCAGAUCGACCUGAACAACAUCAACGAACCUAAAAUUGUUUUAGGAAAAGGUGUGAUUGGAAGUUUGAAGGACUCGCCAAAAAGCAGGGUUGAAGUUAUUAAAGAGGAUUUGGAAAAGAAACUGAAGAAGAAAAAGCCCGAAACGGAGAAGAAAGCAGAAGAUAUGAUUCGAGUUGAGCCACCAAUUCCUCAGGAACCGAAGGAAACUCCUAAAGAGGAACCAGUUGAGAAGGAGAAAAAACCUCCUGAAGAACUCAAGGUUGCAGAAAAAGCACCGGAGCCUCAGAAAGUGGCCAAGGAAGAAGUUGCCGCCCCUCCCGUGCAAGUCGAAGCUGUCCCUGAGGUUUCGGAAGAAAAAAUAAUCAAACCUGUUGAAGAAAAGGUUCCACAAGUGAAAACUGUUGAGAAGCCUCAUGAGCAGGUUGCUGCUGAUGCAAUUUUGAAGGACGAAAAGGAGCAGGCCGAGGAAGAGCCAAAGCACGUCGACUCUGGGGCUGAGGCCAAACUUUUGGAGAAACUUGCCGAACACGAGCAGAAGCAGCAACAACUUCUAGAAGAGCAGCAGCAAAUCAGAAAAGAGUUGGAGGAGCACAAGAAGGAAAAGGAAAAUGAGGCCAAUCAAAAUGAGAUCGAAGAGAAGCCGAAACCUCCCAGGCCUUUCAAGAAAUCUGUUAAGGUCGACGCUCUGAAUGCGAUCAAACAACCUGUGCCGAAGGUCAAGGACCCUGUUAAAAAGGUCGAGGCUGAAGAAGUAAAGAAGUCGUUUCUCGCUAAAAAUGAAGAGAAUCAAAACAUUGGUCAAAUUGUGGAUGGUCUGCACAAACUUACUAAGGAGUUGAAAGAAUCCAUUGCCGAGAUCAAAAUGCAGCAGGAGGACAACAAAUUAAGCAAAGCCGACAUCAAGCCUGUCGGAGCCCUUCUUGAGGCAAAGAAGGCGAGAAACGCGGCUGACAAUGAAGUUCUGCCCAAAAGAACAAAGCGGCAAGUGGAAUCGACCGUCGAGGCCCUGCCUGUCUCAAAUGUUACCUCAAUGGUCGAGUUGAAAGUGCCGCAGCAACUGACCGUGUCCGAGGUCAAGUUGGCGGACGUGCAGCUCAACUCGGACCAACCCUUUGACGUCAAACCCAUCACCAGAGACUUGAAAACGAUCCUGCACAAGUACGACUCGGCGUUGGAUUAGUGUUAGGGUGGCAGAAAAGCGCAGGUAGGACUUGACACGUUUAUUAUUUCGUAAUUAGAUUGCUUUGCGGGGUACAAUUUUUUAUUUCAACGUUAGGCAACCUGUGCAACAUCCGAGACGUGCGGGUUGCAUACAUAAAAAAAGACCCCUAUUGAUCGAUUGACCGCGAAAAGGUCGACGGCCGCGAGCGACGCGAUCAGGCCGACGAUGAUAAAACGGAGGCGUAAAUUGCGUACAAACCUGCUUUGCAAAUUUUCCAAAUUCCUUCAAAUGCAGAUCGAGCGCCUUCCUCGAUCGGCGCGGCGAAUCAGAUUCUCAGCCCCGCCAGAAACACUGCACACCACAAAGUGGUUUGACAGUUUUAAAAAGUGCAUCUGCAAUCAAACUAUGCAGUAUAAAAUUUCUAUUCUAAAAUCAUAAGAAUUAUAAGAAACAUCAAUAACAUUUACUUUUAUUGGAAAAAUUAAGACUACACUAAAAAUAAUUGCGAAAAUCGUCACUAAACUCUUCCAUGGCAGUUCAAGUUGUGAGUAAAAGUUGCGUAGAAAAUUUAGGGCCAAAUCUUGGCGCCUGGGAAAUAGUCUAUAAUUAACAACUAAUUACUAAAUAUCUGGGAAAUAUUAUCUCGAAAUUACCCUGUUUAUUCCGACAUGCUAAAUUGUCAUGCAAUUAUUAGGAAUUAAUGAUUUCUCAUGAUGACAAAUUAAUUAUUGGAUUUGCGAAUCGAUUUCUACAUCGCAUUAUUAGUAAUGAAACUGAUUUGUCGUAAGUUUUACACACCCUUAUUCGAGGUUUUAUUAUAAUAAUUAGCUCGUUUUGAAUCCAUAAUUUCAAUUAAUUUGAUAGAGCAGCAAAAAGUAGGUGAGCCCGAUCUCCAUCAACUGAAAAUUUAAUUUUAAAAUAGAGCAAAAAAUUCACUUAAUUUUAAAAUUGACUCACGACGAGGAAAGUGACCAUGUUGAGCGAGUAGAAGGGCCCGACCAUGAAUCCCAGCUUCAACUGCGCCAUGCUGGACAUGAUGCUGACGUCCUGCACCAAAUCCGGUCCGUAGUUCCACCAACUAAUCGCCAUGCAGUUUGUGCUCACCAGUUCGCCCUUGAAACAUGUUUGUUUUUAACAUUUGAUUGAUUUUUUGAAAAUAUUGUUGCCUCGGACGUGACCGUGUCCGCGUGCCAACAAGCAAGUCCCAGGUACAGGGCGGUCGUCACGAUGUUCUGGAUCAGCGCCUUGAUCAUGAUUGGGUACUCGUUCGGCAGCUUCAAAGGAAACUCAAUGUCAUUGAAUUUUACUUAACAAUAGAACUUUCAAAGAACUUGAAACGUUCAAAAGUCGAUCAGAGCCGAAACUGUACCUUGACAAAGUAAUAGCUGACGGCGCAGAGUGAGUAGAGGAAACUCCACACGUCCAGCAGCAUGACCAAGGCGAAGAUGGCGUUGAUGUGGCGGACAAAGUGGAUGCACCGCUGGUGCUGCUGGACGGCGUACCUGACCACGUCGGCCAUGUCUUUGUUGCUCAACAUGGCAAAACGCUCGUCGUCGUCGCCGCUCCGGACGGCGGCGAUUCGCAAAACGCGGUUCAAGUGCUGCAGCAUCUUGGAGGCGAAACUGAUGAGCGAGAUGACCAGGGCAGCGAAUCCGUAGACCAGGUAGCCGAGGGCGACGACCGAUGCCACCUCCGCCGUGUUGAUCGCGCCUGUCCCCAGAAGAAAAACAAAUUUUGAUUUAUCCGGCACUUCUUCAUUUAAUUUGGGCUUGGAUGAAUUGAUUUGGAUAAAAUUUGGCUUUCAGUGUAGAGAGAAGAAGUUCCGAAGUAUUUAGAACAAUUAUCAAAAUUGUCUUUUUUACAGGGGCUCAAAUUUUGGAGCUUAAAAAAAGGAGAUAUGGAAAAUUGAAAAUAUCUCGGUUUCUGUGAGAGAUAAGUGUAAAAUUAAAAGGUCCAAAUUUUUUAGAAACGAGGCGAUCUUCAACUUUUGCUAUGGUGCCCAAGGUCGCAGGUCAAAGUUCAAGGUCACUUUUUCCAUAAUUUAUUUUUAAAUUUACUGCCAAAGUAUCUAUUUAAUAAAUAUUUUGAGUUUAAAAACAGUCAAAAGUUUUUAGUUGGGAAAACUUCAUAAAAAUUGGCAUUAGUAUCUUGUUCCGUUUUCAAUUUAUUAAGGGUCAAAGGGUGAAAAACGUGGUUUUUUGAGCUUUUGCAAUACACGAUAGCAUUUCAUUGACCGUUAUUUUCAUCAGAUUAGAGCUAAAAUAAGAUUUUUUUCUUAUAAUGUUCCUGCUGACGUCCUCUUUCAAAAAAGGUGUCACACUUACUGGAAAACGAUAUGAAAAGGUCACUAGGUCACCGAGGUCAAUGACCUUUUGUGGCCUGGUCAGCAUUGUGUAAUACAUGGUUUGAAAAAACUUGUCAAGGAGAUCAUUUUUUGUCAUCAUACUUUUUGUACUAUGUCUCACAGGAAAAAUGUUAGGUUUGAAAAUUUACACUCAAAAAAGCUCAAAACUCCAAAUUUGUUUUACUUUCGAAUACAAACCAAUGAUCCACUGCUCGAGCUCGAGUCCUCGGGGCAGCCAAAUGGGGAUGAGGAUUUCUUCAUUGGGGUAGGUGUUCAUUUCGGCGACAAUCAAGGCGGGCACGUUUUGCAGCAACGAGCACACGACGAGCAGAACCAGCAACCACGGCGUUUUGCCCACGUCCCGAUUGUAAAUUUGCACUUCCGGUUUGAGGACGGCAGGGUAGGGCACGUCUUUGGUGGUGGCUGAGAAAAUGUGCAUCAGGGAAAUCUUCAGUUUGCACAUGGAGCUGGCCUUGAAGAGGGCCAUGAAAAUUCGCAAGGGCACCAUCAGGCUGAGGAUGAAAAGAGGCAAAGUGUCCUCCGGCGUCGUCAAGAUCUUGACGGUGGCCAAAAUGGCGAGCACGGUGCCGCUGAAAAACACCACGUUGCCGUAGAUUUUGCUGAGAACGACGCCGAUUCUUUUCAAGCUGCGGCAAAUUGCUCCGCGCAGAGACAAAGAAGAAGAAGGUCGCUUCUCUGGCUCGUCGAAUUGAAAUUCUACGGCGGACAUGAGCACCUCGCUCACCACAAAGUGCUUGGAUUUCUUCAAGGUGUAGUGAGGCAUGACGUGUGCGACAAAAGUUUCAAGCUGAAACAUAAUUAAAAGAGAAUUAACUUGUUUCAACUUUGAAUAAUAUCAAUUUGAAAGUUUUAAUUUUUUUUCUGUUGCUCGAAGAAAUGUUUGAAAUCACUAAAUGCCGCAACAUAAUCAUGAUAAUAAAAAAAAAAAUAUGCUCGUUACUCAACCAAAAUAGUCCAAAUUGAUUAAAUAACCGAUUAUUUGUGUUGAAAAUAUUAAUGUGCGCUAAAUCAUAUAAAUUUCCAAGAGAAAUUAAGCUACCUUCUCAAACAACUAUAUAAGCAAAAAAGUUACUCGAAAUAUUUGAUUAUUUCUCUGCAAAAUUGACCAAUGUUUUGGGGUAGAUAAAAUAAUGAUGAAUAUGGGAUUGAUUCAACUUGUUUCCAAACGUUGAGCGCUGCGAGUGAACUCACAUUUUCCUCUGCCCUUCAGAAAUAAAUAGAAAUUAAUAUUCCUGUGGAGGGAUUAAAGGAUCCUUGCAAGCUGCGCAUAAUUCUCACGCUACGGUAAUAAGUUCGCGACACGCACCCAAUCACUUAUAAAUUGAACCCUCCCACUCUACAUUAAUAAAUUUGAGUUUGUUUUUCAAACGGUACUGAUUGUGAGGAUAAGAACCUAAAAUUCUUGACGAAAGUGUUUUGUCAGAAUUGAAGGAAUGAAUUUUAGGAAGGGAAAUAAUUGCAAGAUCAUCAUUUUUAAACAAUUCAAAACCGAUUUUAUUAAAUAAACAUCAUUUUCAAAUAAGCCACUGAACCACGGUGCGGUGUUGAAAUAGCCGCAGCGGUCAAGCACGUCGCACCUGCGAAAUAAAAAAAUGCGCGUUCAAUUUGUAUUUUAUUUGAAUUAAGCG